AUGGCGUCAGUAAUCGGCUCGGAAGUGGAGAUAGCUCAAGAUAUGCCAGAGGUUGUGGUCGAGGAUGAUAUUCCAGUGGAUAUAUCUGUGGAAACUGUGGAAACCACCGAUGGCACUGUGUCUGUACAACCGAUGAUAGCGUUACAACCGUUGCCAGAAUCGGCACACGAAGAAAUUGUUCUACAAACUCGGGAGGAGGUUGUUGGCGAUCCCAACCUCGUGUAUUCCGAUAGCAUCGUUCCUGCCCCAGAAAUUGAAAUAACCACAGAAGAAAUGACAACUCCCAAAAGGGGAAAGGGUGGAAAAAAGAAAGGAGGUAAAUCAAAAAGCCACUUGGGCAUUAUUGGAGCAGGUGACUUGAAUUUCGAUCCAUCGGCAGCAAAGAAAUGGGAACAAAAACAAGUGCAGAUCAAAACUUUAGAAGGCGAAUUUUCUGUAACUAUGUGGGCAUCAGGAGAUGAACAAAAGUUGGAUGAUGACUCUGUUGGUGGAGGAGGGGACUCUGAUGCUGAUCUCUCGGAGUACAUGUCAGGGAAGAAACUGCCGGCUGGGGCCAUACCUGGUCUUGAUCUCAGUGAUCCCAAACAGCUGGCCGAGUUUGCAAGAAGUAAACCGUAUAACCCACAGUCAAACCUGCUUGGUGAUAUUGGAGCAGAUUAUAGUUACGAACAGAUAGCAGACAGGAUAAAACCCAGAAAACCAACUGAUGAUGUUCCCAGAACAGUGCCUUGUCCACACAAGGGCUGCAAUAAGAUGUUUCGUGAUAAUUCUGCAAUGAGGAAACAUCUGCACACGCAUGGUCCCCGGGUACACGUGUGUGCUGAAUGUGGGAAAGCAUUUGUGGAAAGUUCCAAGUUGAAAAGACAUCAGCUCGUUCAUACAGGAGAAAAACCCUUUCAGUGUACAUUUGAAGGCUGUGGCAAACGCUUUUCCCUGGACUUCAAUCUGAGGACACAUGUCAGAAUACAUACAGGUGACCGUCCAUAUGUCUGUCCAUUUGAUGGAUGCAACAAGAAGUUUGCACAGUCAACUAACCUCAAGUCUCACAUCCUUACUCAUGCAAAAGCCAAGAACCAGCCCACCUACCAGAUUCCUGGAGUGCAAUCAGUGGAGGACUUGACAUUUGUGACCAUUCCUGACUCCCCGGGGUGGGGAUAGGGCCCGGUCCUGUCAUCUUGCCUACCAUGAGGGCUAUGUGUAGUAUCUGCGUCUGAUUUUCCUCAACCAUUUGAAAUUAGUUUCUUGGAUAUAUAACAAACAAAAUUAAUGCUGAAGUAACAGUGGACUGUUAUGGAACAGACAAGUUAUAUGUGGUCUUACAGAACAGACAGUGUAUGUGGAUUUACGGAACUGACAAGGUAUGUGUGGAUGUAAGGAACACACAAGAUGUAUGUGGACGUGAAGAGGAGAUAUAUGGAUUGUUGUAAAACCGGAUCAAGGUUUAUGUUGUGGACCAGGUGUGGUUUUGAUUUGUUGGACCAUUCUGCGAGAAACGUCUUAGAACAGUGUUAAUAUAUAGUUGUUAUACAUAUACCUGUGGACUACUUUGAAAAGAACAGUGUUAACAUAUACAGACAGUGUUCCUGUACUGACCACUCCAACUGAACAGUGUAUAUAAUAGUGUACACAUACUGACUACCAAUAACUAGACCAACAUCAGCUGUAGUGUGUUAGCACUCUCUGUCCACACAUUGAAUGUGAACCAUCUAUUUCAAGAUGAAUGGAGGAUAAUGUAUUUAAGAACUAAAACAUUUUCUAAUUUGUUCAAUAACACCGAAAGUGAGGUUUGGUCUCAUUCAAGAUUUAUUUCUAUGAUUGACCUUUGUUUCAAUAACGGUGUUACAAGAUCAGCAUCUUGUUAAUGAUGCAGAUAUAUGUUGUGUCUGGAACUAAGAAGCCUGGUUGAGGGAAAAAAGGUUUAAUUGUAACACACUGGACUACAACAGAAUAACAAACUGAUUCCUUUGUAACAUAGACUGUAGCAGAAGAGAUUGUCAAAUGUCCAGACCUACACAAAAUGCACAGCCACUGUCAUUUACAGCGAAAGAUCUUAAAUGAACAGUAGAUAACAAUAGUAUAGUAUAACUGGAAAGUAAGUCUCAUACACUUUGAAUCCUAUUUAAUUUUUAAAGUGCUUUGCAACAGUACACUGAACUCUGGUAUUCAUAUGAUCUAGAAAUCUACAAUGUAUGAACCAGAUGAAAUGUUAUGUAUUGUUCUAAACUGAUUUAUAAUAUAUGACAAAAAUGUGUCCUGAUCCGGUAUAUAUUGUCAGUUUCACGUAAAUUGGGUUUGUGAAUCUACAUUUGUAAUUUAAAAAACAAUAUUUAUGAAUCAAAUUAAUAAAGAGCAGUUAUAUGGCAUGGACCUACAGUAGCUGAAUUGAUUACCUACAUUUAGCCAAUAUUAUUUAACAGUGCUGGGCUGCAUUGACAGUUUUCUCUGAAAUAUUGGCAUUGGUUGAUGUCAAGUACUGAUGAGCUUAAUGAGGUAUGUUCAGAACUGUUUGUGUUCUUCAAGUAUAUUAUUUAUUUAGGAAUGACUUGUAUUUAAAUGAAGAGAAAAGUGAAAGAUUCUUUCUUAUAGACAUACACAUUGUUUAGCGUUGAACAUUUUGUAGCACUGUUGUUUGUUGAAGAUACAAGAAGACCUGUUUUGAAAUCUCAGAAGCCGUAUUUAUUUACAUGUACAUGUACAUGAUAAAAUUAAAACCAGAUUUAAUAGAAUUUCUUGUUAAGUUAAACCGUUAUUCUGCAUUUUAAACAGAAUAUGUCGGAAGUUUUUGGCACUCAAGUUCAUUUGCUUUGUUAUGUAGUACUACUACAAGUAGCUUUUUCCUUCGUUUUUUGUUUUCAACUGUCGCAAUAAAGAACACCAGAAGGAUCCAGAUGGUGGUAAUGAGGUA